AUAUAAUUCUUAAAUAAAAUGUUAAAAAUACAAAUCUUUUACUAAAACACUUAGCAGAGACCAGUUUACUAAUGAAGUAAUUAUUAUAAUAUUUCCUGUUUUACUAGAUUGCUUAGGUAACUUCGAACGUUGUAAAGCUAAGGUUGUCAUUAGGGUAAGCUGGGUGGGUGUGCCUACUUUUUUGUCACUCGCCUCGAUUGGGAAGCCAAACUUGACCAAUGUCCCCGAUGCCCUCAACGCCCAGGGGGCAUAGGGGUUUAAACUAUAGUUAUUUUUCUGUUGGUACGGCUGUGAAAUUAGAUAAAUGGCCGGAAAUCCAGUAACAUCUAUGUGGUCACCAUCUUCCACAUCUUAGCCAUACUCGUCCAUUUCUCGCUGUUGAUCACGCAACCAUGGCAGACACUCACGGCCAAGUCAGGUUUCUCAGACGGUCGGACAAGUGGACCACUGAGAAACCAUUCUUCAUGUAUUCUCAGCCUGACAGAGAUGAAGAUCCAGAGAAUGUCACCAACCUUGAGUUUCAGACACAACUUCUUGACAUUACUGACAUCCGUGGUCAAGAGGACGACUUUAAACUCGAGGAAUGCGGGUUUAAGGUUGUUCAUCACCCACCAGCGCUUGUCGACUUUACUACCCUAGAACAUAUCAGGGAGUAUCAAAAGGAUGUUCAAUCAGCCCUCGCCACGUUUUUUGACGCUGAACACAUUCUAGUUUGGGACUUCAAGCAACGCAAAACCCACCGAGAGAACAGCGUGUGGAACCUAAACAACCAGCUGGAAAUUGAUACCACUAUCAAAGAAGCUCACAAUGAUUACACAUUCGUCAGUGGGCCAAUUAUGAUAAAGAAUCAGCUUAUCAAGAACGAUCUUGAGAGAUAUUUACGACCGGGGUACCGCUUCCGCAUGGUAAACUUCUGGAGAAGUCUUUUGCCUGUUGCCGAGGACCAGCCUUUGACCCUCUGCGACUUCAGGUCUAUUGAACCAGCUGAUGUAGUAGCCUGUGACCGAAUCCGUCCGGAUCGCAGUGGCGAAUCCUUCUACUUGCACCAUAACCCAAAUCAGAAAUGGUACUAUCUCAACUCAAUGACUCGUGACGAGGCCUGGGUCUUCGUGACCUACGAUUCUGCAGCGGGAAAUCAGGCUAGAUUUUGUCCACAUUCAUCGUUCCUCUCUCCUGAAAAGGACAUCAGCCUGACGACUCGGUACAGCGUAGAGACGCGCGCGAUUGUUAUUACGAAGCUCUAGCAUGGGGCAUUCCCUGGCCUGUAUUUUGAACAUCAAUUUUGCUUCGAUCGCUAGGUCACUCUGUAGCCUAACAGUGGUGCUGGUGCAGAAUGUUAAUUUCUGAGGUUCUUGACUGUAAACUGUACGUAGUGUUGUGAGACGAAUCAAAUUCUCAAGGAGUACAAGGUAGAAGGAAGCGAGUCACUAUUUUCCCAGAUAGGUAAUAGCGGCCAGUCAAACCAGAUUCUACAAGAGAAAUAUGAUAAUGCAGU